AUUUAAAAUGAAACAGUAGGCUCAUGUAUAACUUUACAAGGAGCGGUGGCGCCCCUGCUGGCUAUGCCACGUAACAACAAGAGAUCUGCCCAGUUUGUUCAGUUUUUUCCGCCUAAAGCAAAAUCACAUGAUGUGUAUUUUUGUCAUAUGACUCUGAUGAGAGGACUGAUCCCACUGCGAGCGAGCUUCGCCGACUUCCACUGUAAAAACAAAGGCAGCUCGACCUCGUCAGGGAUGAGAUGCUGUAGACGGACACUGUUUGGUGGUCGUACUGGAUAAGAUGUGGAGGAUGGAGUGUCGGGGACUUCUGCCUGUAUUAGCCGCCGCUUGUUUCAUAGGCCUGGUGGGAAGCCAGACCACACUUACCCCUGCUGUGAUUGACACCACUCCUGUCGAGAAUGUGACCAGUCUGACUCUGACUCCCGUGAUUCUCAGCAGCACGACCCCGGGCUGCUUUGCGUUCAACACUUCGACUUGUGAGCCUUGUGCACCGGGAUCACAAUACGACAACAACACCCUGCUGUGUGCGUGCUGUUCAGACCCUGGGCUGUGUCUAUUUCCUGGAGCCUGUCUGGCAUGCACCAGAGGUUUCUAUCAGCCACUUGCAGGACAGCAGCAGUGUCUGCCCUGCAGCAAGGGCUUCUACACAAAUUUCACUGGAAGUCCAUUAUGUCACCCCUGUCCUUCUGGAUCCUUCAACAAUAAUACUGGUCUAGACAGCUGCACAAGUUGUUCACCAGGUUUCUUUUCAUCACAGGUCAGUUCCACUUCGUGUUCACCAUGUGCGCUGGGAAGUUUUUGCAACGCCUCUGGUUGUUCACAUUGCCAGAUUUGCCCUGGAGGAAAAGAGGCUCUACAGACCGCUGCUAAAGACUGCACACCAUGUCGGCCAGGCAUGCACAAGGCUUCCCAUCAGACUAUGUGUCAAAUCUGCGGCAGUGGCUCCUUCCAGAUCCACUGGGGCCAGGAAAGCUGUGAUGUCUGCCCAGAGAAUCACUACUGCCCUAGUCCAGAUGUGAACCCCAUUCUGUGUCCAAGUGAUGCCUUUUGUCCGGAGGGCAGCUUGUCUCCAGGCUACUGCAUGGAGACCUUCUUCCGCAAAGCAGGGGAUACUUGUGAAUUGGCUCCUGUCACUAUUGCUCUAUUAGUUAUUGGGGGUGGAGUGGCCUUGCUCUUCAUCAUUUUAAUGAUUCUGCGUCGACGGAGAGACACUGAUGGAGAGCUGGCCGUAGCUCGAGCGCCAUUGCUAUGCAAAGAGCGACCUCAAGGUCGAUACUAUGGGAUCCCCUGUGAUGCAGAACCUGUAUAUGCUGGCUGGUGAACCAAAGGACCUCAGUUCAUGUUUCUUACAAUAAAGUGCUUGGUCGGACAACAAA